CAAACUCCUCAACUCUUCAACUCCCCAUAUAACUUCUCCCUCUCGAUCUCUCUCUCUCUCUCUCACUCUCACAAUUAUACAAACACACGCAAAAUGGGAAACCACAGAAGUCCUCUUCUUGUUGCGCUUGUGUCUGUCUUCUUUUAUUCCUCAGUCGUCUUAGCUGCUCCAGUGACCUAUAAUGUGGUCAGUUUGGGAGCCAAAGGAGACGGCAAGACGGACUCUACCCGGGCUUUCCUUACUGCAUGGACGCAAGCUUGUGCCUCCGUAAGCCCCGCCACCAUUUACGUGCCUGCGGGGAGAUUCUAUCUUCGCAAGGUGGCUUUCAACGGGCCAUGCAAGAACACGGCGAUCUUAAUCCGCAUCGAUGCCACGCUUGUGGCCCCAUCGGACUAUAAUGUCCUCGGAAAUUCCGGUAGCUGGCUCGCCUUCAGCCACGUUAAGGGGGUUACGUUAUCUGGUGGGAUUCUUGAUGGCCAAGGCACUGGCUUGUGGGCCUGUAAGGCCUCAGGCAAGGGUUGCCCCACCGGCGCGACGACACUGGAAUUUUCCAACUCCAACAACAUCGUGGUGAGUGGGUUAACCUCCCUAAACAGCCAGAUGUUCCACAUCGUCGUCAAUGGCUGCCAGAACGUGAAAAUGCAAGGCGUCAAGGUCUCCGCUGAUGGCAACAGCCCAAACACCGAUGGCAUUCACGUGCAGUUAUCGUCAGGCGUCACCAUCCUCAACUCCAAUAUCCGGACCGGCGAUGACUGUAUCUCAAUUGGCCCCGGUGCCACCAACUUGUGGAUGGAGAACAUUGCCUGUGGACCGGGCCAUGGAAUCAGCAUUGGGAGUCUAGGCAAGGACGCGAACGAGGCUGGAGUGCAAAAUGUGACAGUAAAAACAGCUACUUUCACCGGUACUCAGAAUGGGGUGAGGAUCAAGUCUUGGGGAAGGGCCAGCAAUGGUUUUGCUAGGAACAUUCUUUUCCAACAUGCCGUCAUGGUGAAUGUCCAGAAUCCUAUUGUAAUUGAUCAAAAUUACUGCCCCGACAACAAAGGUUGCCCUGGACAGGUUUCUGGCGUAAAAAUUAGUGACGUGACAUACCAAGACAUCCAUGGAUCAUCGGCGACAGAAGUUGCAGUGAAAUUUGAUUGCAGUCCGGGGAAUCCCUGCAGCAGAAUAAGGUUGGAGAAUGUGAAGCUAACUUAUCAGAAUCAAGUCGCCGCAGCCUCUUGUAGCCAUGCAGUCGGGACAUCUUCCGGUUUGGUCCAGCCCACAAGUUGCCUGUAGUCAGGGGGGGAAGACCCAAAUUCAUAUCUUAAAAUUAAUUAAUUAAGCAUAUAUAGAAAAGGAAUCUCUAUAGUUUUGUCCUUACAUUUCUAGAGGACAAAUUACAAUGAUAGUACUCUAUAGUAUGAAUGAUAUAUAGUACUCUAGAGGUCAUUGAAGAAGGUCUAUUGCUCGAGUCUGUGGCGUUGAUAGCCCAUUGGGCUUUCUUGGAGCCUGGCCUUGCAAUCAGCAUAUGUAUUCGUUUGAGGUUUGUUUUGGAUUCAGCUAUA